CGCUGGCGUGGGCGGAAUCGCGGUGGGAGAGUGAGCGGCGCUCGCCAUGGACUGUGAGGGUUUGCAGGGUCGCCGGCUGCUGCAGAAACUCAAGGAAAGCCGUAGCCGCUUUCAGACGCACAUGCAGCGGCUGAUAGCGAAGUACAACCAGCCCUUUGAGGACGACCCGCUGGUGGAUCUUGCCACGCUGACCUACGAGACUCCUCAGGGAUUGAGAAUUUGGGGAGGAAAGCUGAUAAAGGAAAGAAACAAGGAACAAACUCAGGACCCUUCCGUGAAGGUGAUUGGCAGUUUAAAUGGGCAAGCUCCAGAAGGCAGUGAGUGUUUACAGCCCUGCACACAAGUCCCGGGAGCCGAUUCAGAAAGCAGCAAUGCAGAGACAAGCUUAGAUUUGGAUAUACUGCUUCAAGGUGCAGAGUAUUUUAAGAACGCAGAGAAGGGAGACCGAAAAGACAAAGCUGUGACUUGGAGUCUUUCCCUGACCUCACCUGUCACACCAGCUCCUGGAUGCCAGGAUACUAUCUCCGAAAAGAGCUUUGGUGGUCCUAACGCAUCAGCUUCGUCCUCCGGAGACCAGGGUUCCUCAUACCCUUGCCCAGCUGACAUGACUGUUGUGCCUAGAAAUGACAGCUUCUUACUAGAGACUAUCUCCGAAAAGAGCUUUGGUGAUCCUAACACAUCAGCUUCGUCCUCCGGAGACCAGGGUUCCUCAUACCCUUGCCCAGCUGACAUGACUGUUGUGCCUAGAAAUGACAGCUUCUUACUAGGGACCAGCAGCAACAGCUUAAGCAACCAGUCCUUUGACAUUGAUGACCCUUACAAUGUGACAAUCAGUGAUCUGUAUGAAGGCAUGAUGCAUUCGAUGAGUAGGCUGUUGAGCUCAAAGCCAUCGUGCAUAAUCUCCACCAAGACCCACAUCAACCAGAACUGGAGCCUCGGGAGGAGGCUCUACCGUAAAGGCGAGGUGCACAAGAACAAGACAUACUGUCACUGGCGCAAGCCCUUCAGGAAGAGCUCCAAGAGGAGGCCAGUGCCCUGCUCAGAGCCAUGGAAAGAGGCCAGAAUAUUGAGAGACUGCAAGAAUUUACUGCAUAUUGCUCCCCAUAAGAAAGGCUUGAAACCGGGAAGGGUUUCUCUGGAAGGAAGCAAACUCCAAGUCCAUAAAUUCAGACCAGAUUGGAAGGAUCUCCAAGAGAUGCCUCAGAAGUCUUUAGAUGUAAAUACAACAUACCUACUUGAGCGAGAGAAUAGAGUGAAAGCCUUACAGUGGCUCAUUUCACCUGUUAAAAUAGUUCCCAGACCAAGGAUGAUUCCAAGUCUAGCAGAGAAGCAGCGUAGGGAGAUUGAAAUCAAAUUUGACCAGCUUCAUCAGGAAUGUUGUUUGUCUUCUAGGAAACCGCUUUGGCUGGCUGACCCCACAGAGUCCUGGGCUGUAGACAUGUACAAAGGUGGUUCUGUAAGCCCAGGCAUUCCCCAGGGAAUAGAAACACACAGGCUGAGUUUACCUUUUAACAGAGAAAAGGCAAAGAGGUUAAGUGAGGCUUUUGAAGACCAAAGUGAAAUGUCUGUCAAAGCAGAUAGAUGUCUCCAAAGGAGUGAUCCCUUUCCAAAACUGUCAGAGGACAGCACCUCACAAAAGCCAGGCCAUUGUCAACAGAUGUCUGGCCUUUUUCUUCAGGAAUACAAAUCUGGGCCAAUCAAAAUGGCAGCGUCGCUCGGUACUGCAAUUUCAGCACCGUGGAUGGGCCCUCAGAGCUGUGGAAGGAAUCGCUAUGAUGAGAUUAAAAAAGAAUUUGACAUACUUUAUCAGAAGUAUUGCCUGAUGUCACCCCAGCAGGUGAAGGUGACCUCAUGUGUCAAAGUAUCUCCAAUGAAAGCUAGAGCAACUAUUCCUAGUCAGACAGAGGACUUGAGAAAAUUUAAUCCAGACUCUCAAUUCCAGAGUUUGCAGAAAUUGUCAACAUCUGGCCAGCGUAUAAGAAGCCCACAGCAUUCAACUGCACUGGAGGCUCACGGUUCCUUGUGGACUGUUGUGAGAGACCCUUGCUUCCCAACAAAAAGACGCAAGUUGUCAUACCCCUCAGUGUGUGCAUAUCAGGCCAACUCUUAAGAUUCUUCAAGAGCAGCAGACAAAGCCACGAAGCAGUCCAGCCCUGAGUGUCCUGACUGCUGAUUGGGUGUCUGCUGUGCAUGGUGUUUAUGUGUAGUGAGUAGCUGCCGUGAGAGACAACAUACUAGCAGCUGCUUUUUCUCUUUCUGGAGAUGGGGUCCAGGUCAUCACAUUUGCUAAGCAGUCUCCCACUCAGCCUCUGUCCAGCUACCUCCCCUCCCCUGUCACCCCAUCAUCUCUGUCCUUUCAUGGGAUGUUAGUGCUGCCUUGGGCUUCUCCAGCCAGCUUCAGCCAUUACUGUGUCUCCUGUCAUAUUCAGGAGAUUCUCAAUGACUUUUUUCCUCUUGGUUUUAAUUAUUUGUCUUUGCUCUUCAUUCCCCCUAUCUUUACCUUCCACACUUGGGUGGUGUUGAGUGCCUUUUCUCUGGGCACCCACUCAUGUUUUAGGAGGACAUGGUUUAAGUCCAUGGAUUGGGGCCUAACACAGAACCCUGUGUAUACCUGUUGCCUUAGUCUUUGGGGUUCUGGAUUGUUUUUUUCUUUUGGGGGGGGGGGGUUUCGUUUGUUUUUUUGAGACAGAAAGAAUCUUGCAUCAAAGACUUGGACUUACUUAUAGUCAGGGUGGCCUUGCAUUCCGGAUCCUCCUGCCUCUGCUUCCCAAAUGCUGAGAUUAUGUUUUUUUGCCACAGAUGACACCACAAGGAGCAGAGCCAGAUCUGCCAAAUGACCUCAGACCUGGGUGCAUGGUAACGGGGUCUCUGGCUGCCUGGUGUGCAGGUAUCUCUGGCAGGGUGCACCCACCAGCAGGCUCCCUUGCUCUUGGUCUUAAGCUAGCUACCUAGCUACCUCAACCUCCUGAGUCCCUUUGGCUUUCCUAGACCAAAAACUGCCACCGUUGUGUGCCUCAGUGGCCUGCUGCAGACACCAUGAAGCAAUUGUAAGAAUGUGUUCAUGUUCAGGUCACCACAGGAUAACCUGAGUUCCUGAUGGGAAGAGGUCUCCAAAGACCUUAGUCUAGAACCCGCAUCUUCAUCCAGCUCCUUUGUCCUCAGCCUUAUACUUUUGUCCCUGGCUGUCUCAGGAACACAGCUGUGUCCCCUGCCCUCCCAUCUGGACCUUCUGUUCUAGAGCCAAUAAAAAUUCUGCCACCUUGUUUUUAAACCCUAUCUUGCUUUGUAGCCCAAGCUGAUCUUGACCUCAUGAUCUUCCUGCCUUGGCCUUCCUGAGUAGCUGGGGUUGUACACUUAGAACAUGCACCUGCCUUUGAAAUCCCACCUUCAAGGCACCCAGUGAAAGUCUUACUUUUACCUCAGCCUGGAGACCUCUCUUUCCUGAUUACUGGAGGGGACUUUAAUUGCAGAGUGUAGAAUCGAGUUCCUUGCUAAGGCGGAGCCACAGUGCCUAGAGCUUUUUCCUUGGUACCCAGAAGACCCUCACCACUCCCCUGGAGUUUAAUAGCCUAUCAUUAGGGCCUUUACCAGAUGCCUUCUCUAAUUCCAACUUAAACCUCACUAUAAACAACAAAUAGUUUCUGUUUCUGGUGACAGUGUGCCUCAAGUUCUUUAACAGGAUGAGAUUUACUGCAGUUAGGGUAAACACACGAGGGCAACAGAGGAAGAUAGGCAUCGAGUGCCUAGCUUUGAAGUGCUAGUGGGCUCAUACUAAAAUUAUCAUUCAGAAUGGAAAGUGUAUACAUCUUGCCUUGCCCCUUGCCUCUAAAUCUGUUUUUAGAUGGGGUCUCUGUCAUUGUCACCUAGACUGGCCUCAGGUGCACCUUCAUCACACUGCCCCACGGCUGUUGGCUGUGCCUCUGCUUGUGUGUGGCCCUGUUUGACCUUUCUGCCCUUAAUGCAGCUUCAAGGCAGUUGGGGUCAUGGAAAGCGCCUUGUGAGGUUUUACAAAUAAAGUUGUAGAGUUAACGUUUUCAGUGUCAGCCCUGCAGACCUGUUUGUCUCGAGUUUUUCUUUACUCAUUUGGACAUGCCAUCUGGAGUAUGCUCCACAUUUUGUUUUGCUUAUGAACCCUAUUCUUGAGUCCCAGACAAAAUGAUACUUGAAGUAAAUAGGACUGCCCAGUA